AUGAGUGCAUAUUAUUCCUUCUUUUCCACUCGCAGCCAGACUGCAAACCCACAAGUCGUCUCAUUGUCUCUCCGACCAGCACCAUGGGAUCCCACAAAGGUCCUAGUCCAUCCUGCAGGAUAUCCAAUUGAAGCUCCACCCCUGUACUCAGUUGUGACUUGUAAGGAACAAGCUCCCAAUGUGGUUGUACUUCGUGGCUGGGGUGCCGGCCCCUGGGACAUGGUUGGCGACGCUCGGCUUCCAAGUCUAUCUUCAAAAUCACGCAUUACGCUACAUGGACAGCCAAUAGACAUGCGCCUCAGCCAAGUUUCAGGCCAUUUUAGCUUUCAGACCUCUUCUACGGGUCGGUUGAAGUGGAAGGCUAAUAUGUUAAGCGGGAAGAACCUAGAGUUGCACGAUGCCUCUGGUAGAAAGAUGGCGACGAUUCAGCCGAGCGGAACAUCAGGAGAAAAGAAGCUGGAGGUAUCUGUUUCCCAUGAUAGUCGCUUUCUGGAGCUAGUGCUGCUAUCUGGGAUGACGGCAAAAGCUAUGAAUAAAGCCGAGAACGAGACAGCGGUCGAAAUUCUGGGUUCUAUCCUGGGGGCAUGA